ACCCCGCACCUGCGCUACCAGACAUGGCCACCGGAUUCACGCCCUGCCAUGUGGGUAAGAACUGCCACCCGGAGUGUGAGGCCGCCAUCAACAACCAGGUCAACUUGGAGCUGUUCGCCUCCUACGUGUACCUGUCCAAGGCCUGCUACUUCGGCCGUGGAGACGUGGCCUUGAAGCACUUCAGCCUGUUCUUCCUUCAGCAGUCGAAGAAGGAGAGGGAGCACGCGGAGUAUCUGCUGGGGCUGCAGAACCGAAGUGCCAGCAACCCCUGCCUCUGGUACAUCCCUAGGCCUGAGGAAGACAGCUGGGAGAAUGGCGUGAGUGUCCUGGAGUGCGCCUUGCAGCUGGCGAAGAGAGUGCAGCAGAGCCUGCUGAGUCUGCAACAGCUGGCCACCGAGAAGUACGGCCAUGUCUGCAACUUCCUGAGGCACCACUACGUACAAGAACAAGCGAUGUUCAUCCAAGAGUUGGGGGACCAUAUCACCAACCUGCGCAAGCUGGCGGCCCCGGAAGAGAGCCUGGCAGAGUCCCUUUCUGACAAGCUCAGUCUGGGCAACAGCAAGAACAACUGA